CCGAGCCGACUCCCCGUUUGCCUCGGUUUGGACUCCGGACCGUUCGUCAUGCAGCGACACCUGAAGCGCACCCGGGUUCCGUUACUGGAGCGCGUGGUUCCUCUGUAACUGGAUCUACUUUUUGGAGGGAGAGAUGUUCGAUCAGGCCACGACUAUGGGCGAUGGGAACCACCGCUGUGGACCCAACCUGCUGUGUCCGGACCGGAUGGAGGCAAAGUGCCGCACCGAGAUAGGGAGCAGGUCGCCGGUUCAGAGCUCCACCGACACCCCGGGGACAUCAGCGUCCACACCGACGUCCUCCAGCGAAGACGGACACGACAAACUUUUGGGAGUGGACCCCGACUACUGUCGGAGGAUAUUAGUCAGAGAUGCCAAAGGCACCAUCCGGGAGAUCGUCCUGCCCAAAGGCCUCGACCUGGACCGGCCCAAGCGCACGCGGACCUCCUUUACGGCCGAGCAGCUGUACCGGCUCGAGCUCGAGUUCCAGCGAUGUCAGUACGUUGUAGGCCGCGAGCGCACCGAGCUGGCCCGGCAGCUAAACCUGUCGGAGACUCAGGUCAAGGUGUGGUUCCAGAACCGCCGGACCAAGCAGAAGAAGGACACCACCAAGGACUCGGACAAGCGCUCGUCGUCGUCCUCCGAGUCUCUGGCCACCUGCAACAUCCUGCGCCUGCUGGAGCAGGGCCGCCUGCUGUCGGGGCCGGCGCCGCCGCCCAACCCGCUGCUCGGGCCGCCGUCCCACCCGGCCAACGGCUCCCUGCUGGGCGGCCAGGGCGCGGCCUCCUCCACCUCCCCGGGCCUCGGCGGCGGCACCCCCCCCAGCUCGCUGCCCGGGGCCACGUUCGGGCUGUCGCUGCCGUCGCUGGGCGGCACGCCGUCGUCCCCGCGGCUGGGCGUGCCGCCGCCGCACUCGCUGUGCUUCACCAUGCCGCUGCUGGGCGGCGCCCACCACGAACUCACCUCGGUCUACGGGUGCGGCUCCUCGGCGUUCGAGCCGUACAUGCGGCUGGACAGGAAGGAGGCCGACCUGGGGGGAAAGAAGACGGUCUCCUAAGACGGACCUCGCGUUGCAAGCGCUCGGCUGCGCGUCGAGGUUUUGUGCAGCUGCAGUCGGAAGAAAAAAAAAAAAAAGAAAAAGAAAAGAAGGACGAGACCGGGUCGCUCGCGGCACCAUUUUGUGCCACAGCACCGCUUGGCACGCUGACACAAAAUGGUGAAAAGGACGUGAUGUGAUGGAGACUGUCCCGCAUUAGAAAACGAAGGAAAAAAAGACCAGUUUGUGAUUUUUUUUUUUUUUUUGCAGAAGUGCAGUGUGUAUAUGGCGUGAACCUGACUGACAGAUGUUUUUAUCGCCACUCUCUUUGCAGUGGUUUUAAGUGACUCUUCACUUUUUUUGUCCAGUGCGUUUGUAUGUGUGAUUUUUCUCUCUAUACAGGCCUUCAUUUAUUGUUCAGGAAAAAAAAAAUACUUGACAUGGAUCAUUCAGGCUGAAUGGAGUCUUAAUGAGGAGAGUGGGAUUUCAAAAAGAGCAGUUUGUACACAUUUGGGUACAUAUUUAAGUACAAGUGGCCAUGUUUGGUUUUAGUUGAUGUGCUAUCACAAUAUGGAAGAAACAGGAAAAAAAAAAAGAAUCGUAGCAUUUUAAUAUCAGUCUGUUUGGUGUCCAGCUGUAGUUUUUGUAAAUUCCUUAUUGGGUUGUGUUGUGUAUGAAAUAAUAUGUGGUAGGAUCUGGACAAAUGGUGCAAAAUCACAUAUCUAGAUCUGUUAGUUUAUUCAAAAACAACAUGAGAAGAAGAAGAGUCGCGUGAGGAAGCUGCUCGGCCAAAGCAGCCGCAGAUGAAGCUUUGGAGGCGACGUCCUCGUCCUCCAGGUCAGACACAUUCAUUUCCAAUCUUUGAUUCACAGAUGUCACAUUUUCCCUUUGAUUAAUUGUCUAAAAGACACUUAUUUACUCAAUCUGACUCAGAAAGAUUCUUCAGUCAUCUUUACAUUUAUCUGCAGGAAAAGGCUGGAGACGAAGCAAAAAGAGGAGUUGAUUUCCAGUAAAUUAAUAAAUGUCUUCAUUUGUUUAAAAGCACAAAUACCAAACAUCAUCUGCUUUUAGCUUCUUUAAAUGUGACAACUUGAAAACAGCGGAGGCCUCUCACAUUUGUUUUGUCCUCGACUGAAUGAUUUAUAGAGAGAAUGACGGCAAAUUUUACUCCGCAGUAGUUGAGAUAAUGGUGCGACCAGUCAUGACGUCUGUAGAAUGUGCUGCAGUUUCAGCCCAGAGCUUUUCAUUUGUCUUAGUUCGCAGCAUCACAGCGAUGAGUCUCUUUCACCUUGAGUUUUCCAUUAAGCAUAUUUGCGUGCAGACGCUUUGGAUGCAAUAAGCUGCAGCAUCGCGUCACCCGUUGCUCCAUGGUUGUUUAUUUCCCUUUAAUUAAUACUUGUGUUUCCUGUUUAAUGUUGGAUGCUGACGCCGGGCUCGACCUCCUGUUCGUCUUCACCUCAGCCCGUCUCUCCCUUUGCUCCGCUCGCCCCUCCUUCAAAAGCACUUUAUGUUGGUAGGUUUCCGUUUGACCUAAAAGAAUCUUAGUUACUGCAUUUCCCAAAAAUAUGUUUUUCUCCCGCUUCCAUUUAUAAAUUGAUUGAUUUGCACCUGCAUUGACCUUAGGAUCUGAAACCGCCUCCUUUGAGUAGUGGAAUCAGAAAUAUGUUAAUGCAGGACGGGCUGCAGGACAAAGGAGGAUCAGCUGUAGUAUCGUCAUCUUCUUCCAUAGGAAGCCAUACGUAAAAAAAAGAAGCUCAUCUGCAAGCGCUUGCAAUUCCAAACCGCUUGCCCUCAAUUUGUAGAUGUCACAUGAGUUAUUAGCCCCCUAUUCAUGACUUCUGAGGCUCCUUGGGUUUGAUAUGUCUCAUUCUCACUUUUCUUCUCCUGCGUUUCUUUCAUUUCCUGGCUUCACCUCAUUGUGAAGGUUAAUGCGGUUUUCCUCGGCCUUUCUCUCUCUCUCGCGCCGAGGGGGGACUCGACGCCUAUAUAGAGGAAAAAAAGAAAAAGAAGCAGGUACUCGAAUGACUUUAAUUAAAAGGCGCACAUGAGUAAAGACCAGGCAGCGUCUCAGGCGGCGCCUGCGUUUCCUCUGGCAGCGCGCGCAGAGGAUCCGACCUCGCGCGUGAGGAGUCCCAGUCCGGCCUCUUUGCACCCGUGUAGCGUCGGCCGCUUUGUUGAUGUUGUUGUGCUCCGACUCCAGCGGCUCCCCUGUUCUCCACCCGCGGCUCUUUGCAGCAGCGCGUCUGUGCUGUUGUUGAACAUCGUAUUAUUUCCUAUAAGCACCAUUCAUAAUUUACACGCUGUGGCAUCAAAUAUUGAUCGGAGAGAUGGAGCUGAGAGGUCAGGAGGCCUGCUCCUCCUCCGAGGCCCUUGGAGCCUUUCACAAACACGCACCGCUUGUUUCGCUCCUUGACGUGAUGUUCCCAUGCUGCGCUGGAGCCAAAACAGCCUCUGUUGCCCCUUUUUUCCUGUGGGGCCUUAAUUUCUUCAGUUUCAGAGACGUGGGCUCUGCUUCACGAGGCUUUAGCUUCACAGGGUAGUGUGUAAAUGAGCUCCUAAUGAACAAACAGCUCCGCUCGGUUGUUAUGACACACAAGCAAUAUUGGAAAUUAAAGCAAAGGUUUGUGGUCGAGUGGUAACGAAUGUUCCGGCACGUCAUUAUUCAGAAUGGGCACUAACUCCAUGUUGUGUCGGCGUACGGUGGUGUUUCGUAAUGUAAAUCUGCAGUAUCUGCUGUGCCGCAUGCGCCCAGUCAUGACCUCAGCGGAGGAGCACGCGGUCUUAGAAGUGGGUCUCUUCCAGGAAACGCUGUAAAGCCUUGCAUCAGCCCGUUCAUUGUGUCCUUCAGGCUUCUGCUCCGGCCACGUUCCGCUCCGCUCUGCGUGCGCUCCGUCACAUCCCCGGGUUCGGUUCCACCCACGCGUUACGUGCAUUCUCAUGGCUCAUGCUUCCACGUCAUGCUUUCUGUUGAUGGACAGUCUUUUGCGAUUGUGUGAACAUGUUCCUUUUCUUUUGACAAACAAACUGACUGUAAUUGGUUUUCUGUUCUGUAUGCACGGCUAAGGUCCUGCGUCGGCCAUAAUGUCUUUUUGUUGAGCAGUAAAUGUUGCGUAAUGUCAAGCUACUGUCACCAGCUACUACUUACGAUGAGCAAACUCUAUGUACAUAGAUAUAAAUUUAUAUAUAAAUAUAUAUAUAAAUGGGUCUUUGCACAGUAAUCUCCAUGUCGGCGCCAUGUGACAUUAACAGGAAAAACAAAUCACAAAAGAAAGUAAAAAAAAAAACUUUAUAUAUGCUUUACAGUUCUUUGUCUCAUUAACAUUUUGCACUUAUUUAAAGAGGCUUACUUCUGUUUCUGGGCUGACAGAGCUGUUUUCACGCUCGGUCAAGAUACUGUACAAUAUGUAUAUGUAUUUUUAUUCAUAUGCAUAUAAAUAUAUGUCUAUGUAAUUUG